GCGGAGAACACGACAACCUUUCAAGGCUUUUAGAAAUCAAUAAUAAAUAAAAAACCAAUGGAGAAAAAAUGGCGGCCGUAAUGGUGACAUGUGUUGAAACACCUACAACUAAUUCAACAAAAACUAGUUUGGAGAAAAUAGAAGGGUUUAUGAAUGAGGCUAGCUACAAUGAAGCAAUUGAGAGUUCCAGCAAUUUCAAUACAAGGCUAUGCAUUGAAAGACGGUUACGCCUCCCCUUCAUUGAUACUCAAACAGGGGUGGCCCAAAAUCAUUGCUCUUUAUUUAUGAAUAAGAGACAAAGGAUACCUGGAUUACAUCCAGGGCAGAUAUAUUCUUAUCCUAGACAAAGAUGGAGGAAAAGGAGGAGACAGUAUUUAUCAAUGAAUGCAAGAGCAUUUGCCAGAGCUGCUGACCAUUUAUUAGAUGGACCAGACACUGAUAUGCAUAGCAUUUCCCAAAUUGAAAAUCCAGCACUCCAAGAUACUGAUAGUAAAGAUAGUCAGUUGUUAAAGGAUGAAGUUUCAAAGGAAUGGUUUUAUGAUGAGGCUGAUAUGCUGGAAAUGGAUGCUUAUGAUGAACCUGAUCCAGAUUCUGAUGUGGAUUAUGAGGAAUGCUACAGUAAAAGACGGAGAGGACGUAGGGGUGCAGGAAGAGGUCGUAGCGGCACCGAUUCACCAAGCACGCCUAACAAGAGAAAAGGAGCAGGACGGGGAAGGAAAAAGUCCAGUCAUAAUUUUGAACCCACCCCCGGAGAUCCUGAUAAACCUUUUGCAUGUGAACUGUGCGGUGCGCGAUACAAGACGAGGCCAGGGCUGACUUACCACUAUGGCCACUCACACAAAGAAGGCGCAAGUGACGAGAACUCUCGCGACAGCAACGCUCCUACUCCGUCUACUCAGGUCGGUGGUGCUGUAAGUUCGGCUUUUCCCAGCCUCCAACCGGGACCCAACCAAACGACUCAAGUGGUGCCGCCUCAAACUGCAGGCGGCGCCGCUACAGGAGGCUCGGUCGCUUCCAAUGUGGGAGGGGGGAUAGGAGACGUGAGUACCACGACGGCCAGCAGACCCGAUCAAGGACAAGUCUAUCAAGAUAGUUACGUUUCCUUUUUGAACCAGACACCCGGUGGAAACCCGGGACGUGGACGCGGACGACAGCCUACGCCAACGGGGACCCCUUCUCCUCAGAUACCAUUAUCUCCAGCGUCGGGCCAGAGUCCAGCACAGGUUCCGCCGACACUACCGCCUAAUUUACCGCCAGGACAACCAUCUCCUCCAGUGGAAGACCCACAGAUGCCUGUUUUAAUGCCAGAAAAAGCGUUGGAAGAUAAAAUGGCCUCGAACGCCCCUACUACCCCGGCAGAUAGUCCUGCGCCUGCGGGAAGCGCUGAGGGCGGCAAAAAACCCUCACCGAGUCCAUAUUGCGACUUUUGUUUGGGUGAUAAUAGGGAGAAUAAAAAGACGGGAACACAAGAGGAGUUGGUGUCUUGUUCGGAUUGUGGUAGAUCAGGUCAUCCCACUUGUCUACAAUUUACCAACAAUAUGAAAAUUUUCGUGAAAACCUAUCGCUGGCAGUGUAUUGAAUGCAAAUGUUGUUCAAUGUGUGGAAAUUCAGAUAAUGAUGAUCAGUUACUGUUUUGUGACGAUUGUGAUAGAGGCUAUCACAUGUACUGCUUAAGUCCUGCCUUGGUAAACCCACCAGAAGGAUCUUGGUCAUGUAAGCUGUGUAUCGACCAUUUUAAUAAAUAGGGAUAUUCCGAUUUUACUUAUAUUUUUUAUUGAUUCGUUCGUUUUAACUUUUAAUUAUAUAUUUUACGAAAAUAUUUUACAUAGGUCCAAAGUUGUACUUAACUGAUUUCCUUGAAUUUUUAAAUAUAUACCAAAAGC